AUGGAAUCCGAAAUUAAGAAGUUUUAUGAAGACAAAACGAUUUUUGUAACCGGUGGCAGUGGAUUUUUGGGAAGAGUUAUCAUUGAGAAACUGCUGCGUGCAACAGAGGUAAAGCGUAUUUAUGUGUUGAUAAGACCCAAACGGGGCAAGGACACACAGGAGCGCAUUGCCGGAUGGAAAACCAAUCCCCUUUUUGAAGUGCUACUCAAAGCCAAGGCGAACAUAUUGGAGCGGGUGGUGGCCAUAGAGGGGGACUGCAAGGAGCCUGAUCUGGGCAUCAGCCCGACGGAUCGCGAUCUGCUUACGCAGCAGGUGGAGCUGGUGGUGCACGGAGCGGCAACUGUCAACUUUGCGGAGCCACUGCAUGUGGCAUUGGACAUCAAUACGCGUGCCACACACCAGAUGCUGCAGCUGGCCAAGCAGAUGCACCGUUUGGUGGCAUUCGUGCACGUAUCCACGGCCUUUUCCAACUGUAUAAGCCACUUCAUUACGGAACGCUAUUAUCCGGAGUACUUGAGCUGCAGCGCUAAGAAGGUAUUGGCGCUAAGAGAAAUGCUGGACAGGGACACGAAUAUUUUCGAUAAAAUGGCGCCCGUGCUGCUCGACAGGUUUCCCAAUACAUACACCUACACAAAGGCUCUGGCCGAGCAGUUGAUCCAGACAGAGGCGGGGGAUUUGCCGGUGUGCAUCUUUCGUCCAGCUUCCAGUAGGGAGCCUAUUUCCGGUUGGAUAGACAACAUCUACGGACCCAUUGCUAUACUCUAUGGCGUCUCAUAUGGUAUUUUACGUGUCGCCCCCCUCAAUCUGAAUGCUGAAUCCAACAUUGUGCCCGUGGACGGUUGUGCCAAUCUGGUGCUGUCCUGUGCCUGGCGCACGGCCAUGGAGGCGGCUCAGCGCAAAGAACAGGUCAUUGGAAGCCCUCCUGUCAUUUACAACUAUGCACCCUGCGGUGAAAACGUAAUUAAUAAUAGGGAAUUCAUAGGAGCCGUGAAAAGAAAACGUCACGUAUUUCCCAUGACGAAGGUGAUAUGGUAUCCGUUCCUGCACGCCACCACCAAGCCCUGGCUCUUUAAAUUGGCAACCAUUUUUUAUCAUUUGCUGCCCGCCUACAUGGUUGAUAUAUAUCUGCGCCUGCGCGGUCAAAAGCCACGCAUGGUGGGCAUUUACGAGAAGAUCCACAGAAAUAUCGAUGCAGUCCAACACUUUAUGAUCAACAAUUGGAGCUUCGGGUCACCCAACACGGAUCGAUUAUGGGAAUGCAUGUCUGCAGUGGAUCAGCAGCUCUUUGAGUUCGAUAUGAAAUCCCUGGAUUGGAACAGUUACUUCGAUCGCGCCUUGUUCGGCAUGCGCACUUAUCUGUGCAAAGAGGAUCCAACCGAAGAGUCCAUACAGAUCGCUCGUAAGAAAAUGAACCGGUUUCUUAUUCUUCAUCGACUCUUGCAGUUCAGUAUAUUAUGCAUUGCCAUUGCCAUUGUGGGAUGGCUGCUGCGUCUGUUCCUAUAA